AUGGCCUCUGAGCAGCAGAGUCCAGAUCAGGAGAACCCGGAGGUGGCGGAGCCAGCAGCUGUGCAAGACACAGGAAGCCUCGCGGAGAAGACUGGCCCCGUGGCACAGUCCCUGGCCCUAAAGCGCCUCCAGAAGGAGCUCCUCGACCUUUCCCGAGACCCCCUAGACUUUUGCUCCGCAGGGCCAGUGGAAGAAGAUAUAUUCACAUGGCAGGGGGUUUUACUGGGGCCCCAGGAGAGCCCCUACCACGGAGGAGCCUUCUUCCUGAGUAUCCAAUUCCCGAAGGAGUACCCUUUCAAACCUCCCAAGAUUCUAUUCAAAACCCGAAUUUACCAUCCGAAUGUAAAUCAUAACGGGUGCAUUGGUCUGCCCAUCCUUAAUUCUGAGUGGUCUGCUGGACACACAAUUUCUAAAAUAUUGCUGUCAAUCCAUGCCAUGUUAUGUGAGCCCAACCCACACGUUGUUCUGAUCCCAGAAAUGUGGGAGAUGUACAUAAAAGAUAGGCCAAGGUAUGAUGUCUUGGCUCGAGCAUGGACUAGGAAGUAUGCUAUGUAA